GCGUACUGGUAGCUACUUUUUCAUGAAACCCGUGGUGGUCAAAGUAGUUCCAGAUUCUUUUAUGUAUUAUCUAUUUUAUACUGCCUGUCUUAAUGUGUUCUAAAAUCAGACUGUACUUUGCAAACAACAUUGGUAUCCUCAACUUGUACCUGUCAUGGUACACUUUACUCCUGAUCUAAUUAAAGAGCAUAGGAAUGCAUCUAUACAUUGUGCUAAGAGAAUUGCUAACAAGCACAUUACAAAUAAUACACAGUAUGCUGUCAGCAUAUUGAGUAUGUCCAGGAUUGACGGACAGGUGAGAAGUAGGAGAUCCCUCCUAUAGGAGGUUUUUGUUCUUUCCUUCACAGUAAUAGUUGCUGUGACUAUUCUUGUGAUGAGAAUAUCGUCUGCUUUUCUAGAGGGAUAUAGAUAUGAAGUGACCAAUAUAAUCAGUGAAGUCAGUGUGUUUGUGUCAUAGUCUAAGAGCACUUUGCUUUAAAAGGACCCUGUAUGCACCCAGACCACUUCAGCUAAUUGGCAUCUCUAAGUUGGUCCACAGUGGCUGUCUACCAGACAGCCACUAGAGGGACUUCCUGAAUCAAAACGGACCUUUGGUCUGGUAUCUGAUGCUGGAUGUCCUCCAGCUUUGCAUGAGGACUUUCAGCCUCCGAUUUCAUCCCAUAGGAAAGCAUUGAUUAAUGCUUUCCUAUGGGGAGGUCUAAUGUGGUCUAAUGUGCGCAUGCGAGCCGUCUGAGGGGGCGGGGCAUCGACAAGGUAAGUAAAUAAAAAUUUUUUAACCCUUUAACCGGUUUGGGGGGCAUGAGGGAGACAGGGAGACAGUAUUAUUGAUGGGGGAUGAUUGAAGUCUUUGGAUGUAUCCAGAAACUCUGUUCAAUGUAGACUCUUGUUACCUGAAUUGUUUUAUUUUUUGUCCCUUUUUGCAGGUUCCGAGUCGAAUGUUAAAGGGCCAUCUGUAACAGGUCCAGGAGAGCACCUCAAUUCCAAACUAAUGUCCAGUUCUUUUGUUGUCAGACUUGCUGACUUAAAUAUUUUUCAGGUAAAAAAAAAAAAAAAAAGUGUCACUUGUUUUUCAUGAAUACAAUAUAAUUUUCAGUCUCGCAAUUAGGUUUAGUAGCUCCAGAAAAAAAAUACAGCCAAGCCAUUUCUUUCUCCCACAAAUCAGUGCAUGAUAUUUACAGGUAUUAAAAAAGGUUGCAUAGUUAAAAAAAUAAAAGAUGAAAUAAGACACUUUCAGAGUUAUUCACUAAAGUGAGAAUUCAAAGUGAAUCCAGGAGAAUUUCUAAUUUAAGGCCAGAGCAGCAAAGCUGGAUUUUUUUCAGUUCAGCUGUUUUGACCCUAAAUUUGAAAUUCACCUUGAAUUUUCACUUUAGUGAAUAACCCCAUAAAUCAUUCAUGACUAAUCAUUAACCUUGUAAAUCAGCUCCUUGGCGGACCCAGUGUAAGUAGUCAAACGGUUUUUGAAUGGCUUGUCUUGUCGUCCUGCUUUUUGGCUUCAUUACAGCCUUCUCUCUAACUCGAGGCUCACUUGAUGGCUGAGACGAGAUGGGGAGUGGCACCUGUCAGACCCCAGGAAAGAAGUCAAUAAGAUGGCUUGACUACUUAAAAUAGGUUUUCUUGGCACCGUAACAACUACAAUGUGCUGUUCUGGUUAUAGUGUUUAGAAUAUUCAUUAAGUGUUACUCUUAGCACCAUAACCACUUCAUUUGAAGUAGUUAUGGUACAAAGAACCUGUCUAACUCCCUGGGCUGUCAAUCAGCCAGCUGGAAGCCUCUGUUGUUGGCUAGGUGAAUCAGUUUUGUGCAUCUUUUUCGCUUGGUCUCAGCACCUGCAGAAUGCUAACCCCAAUGCGCAUUGGACAGGCUUCACAUACCUUAGUGAGUUAUGGUGGGAUAUAUUAAGUGCCUAUAAAGUGGUCUAAAAUACUAAAAGUGGGUCAGUUAUCACUGAAACCAGCAAAACUUACAGGCACGUUGCAUUAUUGAUUCUGCCCCAUUUCCAUGUUUGCACCACUUUUAAAUUUUUAAACGGAAACUUUUUAUACACGCAAAUACAUUUAAAAAGUGGUUACCGUAUGUGUGUUUUUUUUUUUUUUGUUUCAAACAUGGACUAUGCUGAUAUUCUCAUGCUUUUUUUCUUUUUGUUUUUUUUAAGAGUAUUUGUAGCUUUAUAUAAGAAUUUGAAGAGCCAUCUGCAGUAUAAUAAAGGGUUUUGUGUUGUGUUUUUUUUUUUUCCCGUUUUCUUUCUAUGUGCACUUGGUGAAAAAGAGCAAUAACUGUAAAACCUAAUGAACGAUAAGAUUUUAGCGUCUAUAAAAUAUUUGUGUAAAUUUUAGUAAAUGUGUAUUUUGUAAACUGUUAAAUAUAUGCAUUUAAAAGUAUUUCUCACAGGCUUGUUCUGAUUGACUCACACAAUGGCCCUUCUCAUUUGUCUGGAAAGGGCAUCAUGCAUAUUGGCUAGUACUCAAAAGACAUGCCCAUUUUAUGUUGGUCAAGCAAAAUUGCCCAACAUACUUUUGAUUACUUUAUAGAAACAUUCCGAGCACAAUAAAUACUACAGAGUGCUAUAGCUUCUCUUGCUGCUGCUCUCUUGGCACCAGUGAACUGUAGUGGUUAUGGUGCUUGAAUAUUUCUUAAAAUGGUUUAGUGGUGCUUCAAUAUUCCACAUGAUGGUGCAUAGAAGAUCUGUUGUGACCAAACCACUUGAUCAUGCACCAAGACUAAACAAGCAAUAUCCACCAGCAAUAGCUCUACGAGCAAUCAAGGUUAAAAUACAGCUGAUGUUCUUGCGCCAGUUUAACAUGUGCAUUCUGUUAGUCGCAGUCUUACAAAGGUAGCUGCAUACUGUACUGGUUCAGUUGCGACGGGCUGUUUAUAGUUGAUUACAUUCAACUUUGUGAGUAUCCUAAGGCUGCCAGUGUUAAGUCAAUAUCACAAAAUUGCACUUCUCUGUGGAUGGAAUAAUAUUUUUUUUACUCGUAUAAGUAUUGGGGAUCCCUUCUGGCAGUACCAGAUUAAAUUGUUCAAAAAUAAGUGUGUGUAUGUAUAUAUAUAUAUAUAUAUAUAUAUAUAUAUAUAUAUAUAUAAUAUGCUUUUUUUUUUUUUUUUCAGGUUUCUACAGCUGAUCUGUGUCGUUCGUCCCCUAAAACAAUGAUUUCCUGCAAUAAGAAGAGCCUGUAUCUUCCACAGGAAAUGUCUGCAAUUCAUAUUGAAUUUACUGAAUAUUAUUUCCCAGAUGGAAAGAAUUUUCCUAGUAAGGCAUUCUUGUUUGUGGUUUAUUUUGGGCAAAAAUUCUAAAGCCUGCUGAAAUCUGUUCAAACCAAUGUAUACUGAUCAUAAUCUUGGUAGAUUUUUACGAUUUGUUUAAUUUACCGUAAUUAAAAAUAAUCUGUCAUGAACGUACAUGUUUUAUAGAAUAUUAGUCCCAGUAUGUGCUAGAGCUGGACAUGGGUUUCUAAAAUCACCAGAAAAAGUGUAUAUAAAAUCAACAUUUAUUUGCCAGCAGUAUAGGGUAAUGAAUGUUGUUCCUCCUUUUGUGUUGCAAUCUGGAAGUUAAAGGAAUUUAUUGUGAUUUUUUGACAUUUAUUUUACACUGUAUGUAAAACACUUUAAAGCUACAAAUAUUUUUAUUGUGACACAAAAGUUAAACAAAACAAAAAGAAAAUUGGAAAAAACAAACCAGACAUUUCCUGGUUGCAAAAGUUACCCUACCCCGUCAACACUUGUUAGAAAAUACUUUUUGUAUCAAUUACAGCGGUGAAUCUAUAGGCAAGUUAAGUCUCUGCCAACUUUGCACAUCUGGCUCCUGAAGAUCAGAGCGGAAAUGCUUGCAGGUGUAUAGAUUUCCAUUUAAUGCAAUUUAAAAAUAAAUUCCUCCCCCGACUGUCAAACAAUUCUCAGCAUGAGAUCUGUAGGCUGGCAAUAUACAGGUCUAAUCAUAGUACUGAGUGACAGGGGAGAGCAAGAAAACUCUUGUACAAGCUCCUGUCAAAGGGUAGUAGUGUGAAAUGCAUGCAGGGCCACAUUCACUAUUCCCUUUCCCAUGUAAGUCUUUUUAGUUUACUAUAAUUUGUAGCAUUUUAUGGCACUCAUAUAAACCUUAAAGGCACCAGAACAACUACAGCUUAUUAAAUUUGUUCUGGUGAGUAGAAUCAUUACCUUCAGGCUUUUUGCUGUAAACACUGUCAUUUAAGAGACAAUGCAGUGUUUACAUUACAGCCUAGUGAUAACUUCACUGGCCACUCCUCAGAUGGCUGUUAGAGAUCCUUCCUGGGUCAUGGCUGCCUAAAAUGCAUCGAAACAUUCAGUGUCUCCUCCCUCUAUAUGCAGACACCAUGGAGGCAGAGGGACUUUUUAGUGUUCCUUUAAAAUGUGCUAGAAUGACACUCUAAGCACCAAAACAACUUUUAGCUUAAUUAAGUGGCUUUGGUGUGUAAAACAUACGGUCUUACUGCUCAGUUCUUUUCUAUUUAGGAGUUAAAUCACUUUGUUUAUGCAACCUUAGCCACACCACAUGCCCAAUUUUUAAACUUUACUUAUUGCACAGUGUGUUUAAAGCGGCGCUGUCUCACCCUACCCCACCACCACCCCCUUUCUGCAAAAUAUGUAUUUCAUAAAGAUAAAAUCUUUAUAAAAUACUCAUGCUGACUGUUUAAAUUUCACUUGGACUAUUUUGUUUUAGUGUAUUUCCUACGCCUGACACUUUUAUACACUGGGUGGAGCUAACGUCGUAGACAAGUAUCUAUCUCUACGGCUGUAGAGAUAUUCGCUGUAUCUAUGGAGGAGUCCGUGGUCUUGCAGCAUUCUCCUUAGACAUCAGUGCUGUACUCUUGCGCAUGAGCAAGAGUACAUCCGUGAUGUCGACUACUAGCACAGGACCGGUUAAAAGAAAAUGUCAGUGCCCGCAAGGAAUAGGUUCAUGUAAGUAUAUCUCACCUUUCCCAACCCCUUUAUGACCACCAGCUGUGAUGUCAUCGUUGGGGGUCUUUCUCAACUAUGUAAUGUCCCCAGAUGGAUGACAGUGCCAUUUUAAUUUAGACGUUCUAAUCUCCUACUCUGUUAAUUGCCUGUUUGAGCCUGCAGCAGCCUCCUGUGUGUAAUUAAAGUUCAAUUAAUAGAGUAGGAGAAAAAUACACGUAAACACACUGUGCUGUAAAAUUGCUUGAAAAUUAAACCUUUUCUCAAUGAGGCUGUGUGAGUCACACCUAGAGAGCAGAAAGACUGCAGGGGCAUGGUCUAUAUCAGGGGUAGGCAACCUACGGCACUAGUGCCAUGCACGGCACUCAAGGUGUCUUUGCACGGCACUCAAGGUUGCUAGAGCCAAACAGGCUCUGGCCUAUCAGAAGUCCCAGUAUAACUUCAGAUAUCUGCUAAUACGAAGAGGUGGUGAAGGACAAUCCUCAAUUUAUGUAUUGCAGCACAUAGAUGAAGUGAUCUCACAUCACUUCCUCCCAACACUUGUGAAUGGGAAUCCACACUGUAGUAGAGCAGCCCGCAGCUGCUGUUGCAGCUUCUGUCCUUGACAUGUACCUGGCCAGUCUGGUGCCCACUGGAACCCAGGGAAGCCACCCACACUGCUAGAUAUACCCAGAGAUGAAAAAUAACCCUCGUCUCAUACAAAUAAUAUGAACAGCCCACAAACAAACACAACACACAAUCCGCACAAAUGUAACCCGCUAACAAUCCAUAUACAUGCACACAACCCCACAUGCAGCGCCAAACAGCCCCACACAUAUACACACACUACCAAACACACAAUGUGACAUAUCCACACACAAUUCCACAAGCAGCCCUCUUACACAGCCCACAUUCAUAGGUAUCAUACACGAUACCAUAAACUACUAAUGAACAUAUACAAUAUAAUAGCUUAUAUAUGCACAAAUACAACAAUACAAAUCAAGUACAGUAAAAAAUAACACAAGCAGAAGACUGCAACAUACACACCUCAAUUUAAAAAAACUAGGACCAACGCGCUACGGGACAUCACAAUCUUAUAUCGGCACAGUGCUGCUAAAAGGUUGCCUACCCCUGGUCUAUAUACCAAAAAUGCUUUGUUGUGCUAAAGCUGUUUUUAUGCUUCGUCUAUCUGAUGAAACAUGCCAAACUUUUACAUACAACUGAAUUAUAGCAGGCAUGAGACUGUUACCACGGAAAAAUAAAAAGACAGGCGAGGCUGUGCCAAUAAAACAGUAAAAAAUAAAUAUAAGAGAAACAACGUUCCAAUAAUAAGGGUAUAAUCCACUGGAAUAGGUAGUCGGAAAUAAGUCUCACUAAAAUAUUAGGAUAGGGUGGGGGUGAAAUCCUCAAGAGUUGAUCCGUCCGGAUGGUUUAAAAUAUCCGUAUAGGUGGAGAGACAAAGGGGAGAUACGACGACUAAUAGUGCAAUAUGCCAAAAUCCAGGGAUAAAAUUGAAUAAAGAUAGGCAAUACACUCACAUUGAAAAGAGCUAUACCUCGAUUAGCGGAUAUACAGGAGCGGUAUGUCUGUGAAUACAGUCUGGGUAUCCAAGACUCCGACAGGUGAUAAAAAGACAACAAUAGUGCUCUCAGUGUGAUAAAAAAAUGAGAGAUAAAAUAGAUAAAAUUAUACUCACAAAUAUAGAGCAGGAAUUACUGCUCUAUUUAUAAAGUGUUAGUGGAAUGAUGCCCACUUCGGAUUUCUUUGGGUACAGGAAGUUUGGCACGAUUGUGUUUCCCAGAAUGGGGUCACUAGGACCAGUUCGAUCUGAUAUCUGCAAGAGUGUAGAAGGGUGCGAGGGAUCAUGGAGAACGGGGGGAAAGCAUAUAGGAGGUCUCCGCUCCAAACCUGCAGGAAGGCGUCCACUGCCUCCGCCGCCUGAUCCGGCCUCCAGCUGAAGAAUCGUGGGAGCUGGGUGUUGAGCUGGGAGGCGAAUAGGUCUAUAGCAAAAGGGCCCCAAAGAGACGAUAUACUGGAGAACACGUUCGUGUCCAAUUUCCAGUCGCAGUCACUAGCCCCAGUCCGCCUGGACGUUGUCUCCACCAGGUUCCAGUCUAAGCAAAAGUCCCAAAAGUAUUUCGCCAAUCUGGCCAGAACCACAGAUUGAGUACUGCCUAAGUGGUUGACAUAACUCACCGCUGAUACAUUGUCCAUGCAGAGGUGGAUGCAUGUAUGAGCUCAGUCCCUCGCGAAGCUGCGGAUCGUGAAGGAGCCUGUCAAGAGUUCCAACACGUUGACGUGGAGUCGGGAUUCGGAUUUCGACCAGCGACCCCUUGUCGCCACACCCUCGCAGCGAGCCCCCCAGCCAUGGAGGCUUACAUCUGAGUCAAUCGUGAACUCCGGCAUGGAGCCGAAGAUUGCCCUGCCGUUCCAAGAAGAUAGGUUGAGGAUCCACCAUCGCAAUUCGUCCUUUGUCUCAUUGUCUAGCGAUACCAGAUGGUAUGUGAGAGGGUAGAAGACAUGGACCCCAUGGCUGCCAUAAUGGCAUCUGUCAUCAAGCGCUGUAGCGCCAAGAAUUGGUCCCCUUCAAGUUGGGUGGGUCUACCUGCCAGAGUAGUUGGCGUGUCAUAGAUAACGGGGGGUCUCUCCCAGAGGCAAAGGGGCAUCUAUCACCCCAGAGGGUGGUGAGCUGGAAGGCAUCCUGUGUUUGGGCAUAUUGGAUGCAGCUCAAUAUUCCUACUAGUGAGUUUACAGGGUAGUAAGGGUAAGUCACCCAAAUUAUAGGGAAAAAAGAACGAUAGGGAUCUCACCAGGGCCCAGACCAGAGACACACAGACACACAGUAUGAGAGACAGGAAGUCGGAAAAUGGCCGCUACGAGUCUCGCGAGAUUCGCGGCAAAAACCACUGAAUUCAUCAAUAGAAAAGAACCGAACGUGCGGUAAAAUAGGUGAAUUUGUGUGAAUAAAACAGACGAAUGUAAAAACAGACAAACAAGUAAACCGCACAAACCAAUUAGUUGAACGCUGCAAAUACGCGAAUGUUGCUAUAUGCCAGUGAAACUAACGAAUGGUCUGUGUUCGUGAAUUUAGCUGGACGGCUAGCUUCAUGCCCAAAACAGCCAAACAGAAUGGAGAAAAGCAGCGCAAAAUGGCGCCAGAGGACAGGGAGAGGAGAGAUGGUGAGAUAAGAGAUCAGAGCAAAUCAUAGAAAAGACAAACUGAGAGUGGACAGAUAGAUAUUUCACACAGAAGGUCUGGCACCCUGGGAGACAACAAUAUGUAUAUACACACCUAUACACACAUAUAAUAAGCAUAAAAAGAUAAACUGAGGAGAAAAGAUUCCUUAAUAGAAUCAAAUAAAAGAAUAGUAUUGAAUUUGUCAAUAAAGAAGAAACAAUAGAACAAUAAAUGACAAAUAGCAGAAUAACAACCAUAACUGACAGAAUAAAUAAGUAAUCUAUGAGAGAAAAAAUGUGAGCUGUUACUUAUCUUUGGAGCAGCAAAGAAAGAGGGAAAUGAAAGGGAAGUGCUGCCUUUUAUACUGGGACCUGUGCAGGGAGAGGCCUAUGUUACUGUAUGUUCAUUGUUUUUUCAUUCUGUUUAUAUACUUUGCUGCUAUUGGUGGACAGUAAAGAAAGGGAUAUGCAAUAUGAGCCUCCGUGCAGAAAUGGCCACAUGUUCUACCCUUUGCCUACCCUUGUUUUAUUUUAGUAAUAAAUAAUGGGCUAGUAUAAUUCACAACUUUUGAUUUAAAGGGAUCUCGUCCCUCAAAACAAUAUUGUCCCUUUAAAGCUGUUUUGAGCAAUUGAGUCCCUAGACGUCUUAUCUAGUGGCGUUAAACUGUUUUUGAAUGUCUAUGAUGCUCUUCCCUUUUGAUGUUUGGCCACCAUAUUAAGCAGAAAAGGGAAUCAUUGAGAAUUAUUGGGUGCCUGUGACUGAAUGAAGGCAUAAGCUGAGACUCUUAGCCAAUCACUGGCUGAAUAUUUCAAUUACAGUACUCAAAAUAGGAAGUAACUAAUUAUCUGAGUGUGUCAAGUUAUGCUCUCAACCAAUCACCAGUACCCAAUACUUCUGAAUGAAUCACUUCUCUGCUCAAUACAGUAGUAAAACAGCAAAGGGACAGGAGAGCAUUUGGGUGUUGAACUGCUCUAAUUUGGUUUAAUACCAUAUAGUAAGACUUCAUUUAGGGACUCCGGGGCUCAGAACAAUUUAAGUGAGAUGAAGUUAUUUUGAGGGAAGAAAGUCACUUUAAUAUGACUACAGUUUAAUUAUAUUGUCACAUAUGCUAUAAUGGCCUGUUUGUGUAUGUUUCUAUUUGUAAUCUUUAUUUCUUUUUCUUAUCAGUUCCAAGUUCCAACCUGUAUGUACAGCUAAAUGCCCUCCAGUUCACCUUAGACGAGCGAAGUAUUGUAUGGUUGAACCAAUUUAUACUGGAUUUGAGACAAAGUCUUGAUCAGUUUAUGGCUAUGUAUAAACUGACCGAUAGUUCCAAGUCUGAUGAGCAUGUUGAUAUCAGAGUAGAUGGACUAAUGUUGAAGGUAAAUAUUAACUAAUUUUAAUUUAUUUUUUUUAAAUUUAAUUUAGAUAAUGUUGGCAUAACUGCUGGUUUAUGCUAUCCCAACAACAGUAAAGAAGAGGUUUCCAACAUCGGUAACUAUUACAUCUUGGCUCCAUGAACUCUUUCUAGGCCUGAAUGUGUCUGGCUUACGAAAUCGUAGGAAAUGUCUGUAAAACUUAAAGGGACAUUCUAGGCACCAUAACCAAUUUGUCUGAUUGAAGUGAUGAUGGUGCCUGGAGUCCACUGGCUUAAUCCCACUGUUCAAUUGCAAACUGAUAUUGACCAGUUUGACAGUGAAUGAGGGUCACUUGGCACCUUUGACUCUGCUCCAAUCUGUGGACUCUGUCUGUUGCAGAGUAUAACUCUGUAUUAGCUGUACUAACGAAGAUCAGUGAUGGGGGACAUUGACAGGCUGAGCGUGCUCAGCUGAUGCUCUUGGCCUAUAACACAUGUUCACGUUGCUUCCUACAACCAUAGGUGUGCGCAUGGGGUGUGCCUGGGCACACCCUAAUCCCCGCGGCACGCCUAUGUAUAUUGAGACCGGCAGGGGAGAUAUCAGGAUCCCCCUUGUCAGCUCAGGCAGAGCCGGCGCUGCUCUCAGCCUCCCUCCCUACUGACCCACAUGCAGGGAGGGAGGCAGGAGAGGACCCGGGGAGCUCUUGCUGGCAGCUCCGCCGGGUUCCUCUCGCGAAAUAUGAGCGUUGCCAUGGCAAUGCUCAAAUCUCGCGAGAGUCAACUCUAGCCCCACAGGGGACCACCAGGGAAAGCAGCAGCAACAAGGAUCCCCCCUCCCUACAUAAGGUAAGAAAGGAGGGGGGAUAUUAAUCCCCCACACACAUACAGCACACACAGACAUGCACAGCACCAACACACAUACAGCACCCACAGACAUACACAGCACCCACAGACAUACACAGCACCCACAGGCAUACACAGCACCCACAGGCAUACACAGCACCCACAGGCAUACACAGCACCCACAGGCAUACACAGCACCCUCAGACAUACACAGCACCCUCAGACAUACACAGCACCCUCAGACAUACACAGCACCCACACACAUACACAGCACCCACACACAUACACAGCACCCACACACAUACACAGCACCUACACACAUACACAGCACCCUCUCACACACAGCACCCUCUCACACACAGCACCCUCUCACACACAGCACCCUCACAUAUACACAGCACCCACAGAUAUACACAGCACCCACAGAUAUACACAGCACCUACACACAUACAGCACCCACAGACAUACACAGCACACAUAUACAGCACCCACACGCAUACACAGCACCCACAAACACAGUACAUUAACAGCACCCUCACAAGCGCGCACAAACAAACACCCUCACCCACAUAGCACACUACCAGCACCGUCACACACACAGCACACACACACACACACACACACACACAGCAGUGUGUGUGUGUAUGUAUAUAUAUAUAUAUAUAUAUAUAUAUAUAUAUAUAUGAAACAUACAUACAUAUACACAUGCUUGUGCUUUCGGGUGCACACCCUAAUGCAAUAGGCUGUGCACACCUAUGCCUACAACAUCAGGUGUCAAGGAGGGAGAGCUCUGUGCAAGCAGACUGCAACAAUGUCCCAAGUGACAGUGCCACAUUAAUGUUCACAGGAGCUGUGCAGUAACAGUGACUUUAAAGUUUAAAGGGACACUAUAGUCACCUGAACAACUUUAGCUUAAUGAAGCAGUUUUGGUGUAUAGAACAUGCCCCUGCAGCCUCAUUGCUCAAUCCUCUGCCAUUCAGGAGUUAAAUUCCUUUGUUUAUGAACCCUAGUCACACCUCCCUGCAUGUGACUUGCACAGCCUUCCAUAAACACUUCCUGUUAAGAGAGCCCUAUUUAGGUUUUCUUUAUUGCAAGUUCUGUUUAUUAAGAUUUUCUUAUCCCCUGCUAUGUUAAUAGCUUGCUAGAUCCUGCAAGAGCCUCCUGUAUGUGAUUAAAGUUUAAUUUAGAGGUUGAGAUACAAUUAUUUAAGGUAAAUUACAUCUGUUUGAAAGUGAAACCAGUUUUGUUUUUUUCAUGAAGGCUCUGUCAAUCAUAGCCAGGGGAGGUGUGGCUAGGGCUACAUAAACAGAAACAAAGUGAUUUAACUCUUAAAUGACAGUGAAUUGAGCAGUGAAAUUGCAGGGGAUGAUCUAUACACUAAAACUGCUUUAUUUAGCUGAAGUAAUUUAGGUGACUAUAGUGUUCCUUUAACCAUCUGUAUCAUUUUACUCCUGCAAAGCAAAUGGUCUGACCCUUACCUUCUGAUGGAACUCCGUGUCACUUAAGCUAAUGCAUUGUAGAAAAGAUCUUUUCAGUGAACUGUAAGUUAAGGUUAAUCUUGAUGUGCUUAUUCCAUCUGUAAACGAAGCCAUAAUAAAAAGCAUAAUGCUAUGCAUGCAAUUAUAUUCCCUGUUCCAGUUUAUUUAGUGUAUAUUUAUUUUAACUUCUUUAUUUUUCAGUUAAUCAUACCAUCUCAGAAGAAGCUAGAAUGUCAUCAUGACCAACCGACAGCCAUCAGUGUCCAGACUGCUGAAAUGAUAGCCAGUAACACAAGGCAGUCCCCAAACUGCCGUCGCUCAGAUUUAGAAGCCAUAUUUCAAGACUUUAAAGAGUAUGAUUUUUUUUCUAAAACAUUCACUACUUUUCCACGAUCACGUGACAGCUUUGAUCUUUUGCAUCCAAUAUUUCAGAGACAUGCUUUUGAGCAGGACACUCAAAUGCACGACAUCUACAAAGGCUAUGUGACUCCAAAACUGAACAGCAAUGCACUAAAAACCUCAGCUGCUAAAGACAUUUGGGCCGUACAUUUCACCCAGUUUUGGAUUGAUUAUGAAGGAAUAAAAAGUGGAAAAGGAAGACCGGUUGGGUUUGUCGAUGCAUUUCCAUUUUCUGUUUGGAUCUGCCAACCAGCACGUUUUUUGCAAUCUCAGAAGCAGAUGCUAGCAGGCAAAGAGAAGUCCGGUGGCAUUUCUAAAAGUGAAUCAACCGACUUUGCUGGGAGAUUGCAGCGUAAGCACCUUCUGAAACAAUAUUAUAGCACAGAGACAGAUAGUUUCAAUACUUCUUUGCAGAAAUCUCAGUCCCUAGACAGCAGUUUAGGAUCCCCUCGUGCCCAAGCAUCUACUGAUGCUGACAUUCAUGUUCUCGCCCACAUGCAAAAACAUGUUAGCAUGCAAAUUAAUCACUACCAGUAUGUUUUUUUGCUCUUGUUGCAAGAAUCUCUAAAGGAAUUGAUGGACAAUGUUAAGAAAGAUGUGGAAGCUGUGACUGGAAAGCCAGCAGAAGAAACCAAGGUUUCGAUAGGUGUGCUGCUCAAAAGUGCUGAGGUUUCCAUGCUGCUACACCCACUUCCAGAGGAAAACCUACCCAAAUCUCCCCCAUCAAAUGAAGAAAACCAUAUUGAAGACACUAAACCUACAUCACCAUCAAAAGACUCAAUCAGUGAUAAUCUAAUAAUCAAUGAUGUUGAUUUAACAAACAUUAAUUUAAUCACACUGGAUGAAAAUGUUCUUGAGAAACCAGAUCACAAGCAGAUAAUUUUGUCCAAUUCAGAUACUUUGAUUUCUAAAUCAUCCAGCGACACUGAACUCCUGACAAGGAUUUCCAGUUUGGAAGCUACCUCUGAUAGAUCUUCAUUAAAGGAAGACACUAAUGGUCCCUCAUACCAGCAGGCUAUCUCAGACAGUCUUAAAGAAAGCAGCCGUAUGAGCAGCGAUGACAGUAUUUCCUGUCCGUUCAGUCUUCUUGAAGAAAAUCACAUUAAUAGCCAGAAACUUGACAAAGGGUUAAAAGACGAUCCCCUUCUCAAUCCACCAGAGCUGGAGAUUGAGAAGAAACCGGUAUCGCUUGAAGUAAGGUAAGACAUUGGUUACUUGCUGUAUGGCUGAAAAACCACAUGCCUCGUGUUACACGACUAAUUUAAUGUUGCAACAGUUGAAAUGCUCCAGCACCAUCUAGUGGAGAGACAAAUGUUUUCAAUUAUGAGUUAAAAUGUAUCAGGAUUGUUGUUGAUGUUAUCAACUACAAUGAUUUAUACAGUUCCAACAUAUUCUGCAAACCUGUACAAAGAUCAACCAAGACAAAUCAUUCCAACAAAGCACAUUUGACAUAGAAGAACAUUGGAAGAAUACAAACAAACUUACAACCACUUCAGAAUAGACAGUUGUUUAAGUUCUGAAAAGCUGGGCACAUGAUGAGAUCAUAUAGUUAAAGGAUUUAGAGGACAUAUCCAUGUUAAGUAGACAGGGGCAUUGCUUUUCCUCUAAUAACCUUAUUGGGGGAUAUUUGUUAAAGUGACAGUUGAAAUCUUUAAAGUGAUCUAAAAAUUCACAAUUUUCUUAAUUGUAAAUUCUGCCAGUUUUCACAGAAAUUCCAAUUCAGAAGACCACUAAAUUUACACUGGCAGUUACAAUUUCUGAUAGAAAAGCAGGGGACAACAUUUUUUUUGAACUCUCCAGUAACGUUGUGUACAUUCAAAAAUGACAGGUUAAAAAAAAAAAAAAAACAGAUGAAAGAAAUCCCCCAGAUUUAAUCAAAUUUGCCAGAAAAUUACACGGAAAAAGUGUCAGCCACACUUUGAUAAAUCUCAUUUGUAACCAUGGUUGACUACAUAAUGAUUUGUGGUUAAUUGAUAUCAUUUAAGUCACAGUAGCUGAACUGAAAGAAUUGAUAAUUCAUAUUCUUUUGUUGUUGAACGAUGUUUCCCUAAAAUGUGCAAUUGCUAUGUCAGUUUACUUUAGUGAAUACAUCCCUUAGCCACACAUUUGACAUAAUUAUUUAAAAAAAAUAUAUAUAUAUAUAUUCCUUGCAUUGAUAUUGUGCCAUUACAUGUCUGCUUCAUCUCUGCUUAAAAACAAUUAUAAAUGUGUUUAUAUAUAUUUUAAUUGAGUUCAAUAUAUGCAAGCAUAAGUUUAUUAAAAGUGCUUAAAAAACACUAAUGCUACACUAAGAACUUUUAAUAAAAACUUUUAUAAUAAUUUUUAAAUAAUAUAUCUUCACAUAUAUUGAACAACAUGGCAAUCAUGCAUACUUUCUGAGGUAGGUGGCAUAUUAUCCCCAGCCAGUGUAAAGCGUGCAGGCUGACCCAGUCACGCACUGCUAACCAUGAAGACUGGGUUUUGCAUGUUGUCAGUAAAAAGAGCUCGAACCUCAACCCUUUACAUUUAUGAACAACGUUCUCUGUGUCAUUCAUUGCUGGAGCCGGACAGGCUGUCCCUGAACUUGCUUUUGCGGAUUGACAGCUCAUGGUGUCUAUUAAAUUAGAGGAGUCUUUCUCGGUGUCUCUUGCUUCGUAGACAAGAAAAAAGUUUGUUUGAACUGUAUGUUUUUCUUGUAUUUUAUGAAUUAUGAAUUCCUGUUUUCUUGUAUUUUUUUUGUUAAGUGGAGCAUCUAAGGAACGUUUCCCAUCCAACCAGGCAUCUUUCUCUGUGUCUUACAAGAACAUGAAGAGAAGUCCAUCACAAUUCUCACUGGAUAAUAUCUCCAUUGAUAGCAAUUUGUUGGAUGAUCAGCUGACUGAGAGUGAUGGGAGUGACCAUCUAGAAGUUGGUAAGGAUUUCUUUCACCUAAUUUGGGAAAAGGUGGAUUACAACGUAUAUCUCACCUUAAGAUGUAACUAGAUGUAAUUUUCAAAAUGUUAGCCUUAACAAGGAUCUGAUAAGGCCUCUGUGGGUAAGGACAAUUGACUGUAAGACACCCCCUUCCCAGGCUACUAUAAUUUCUGACUUCUUCUUUAUAUAUUAUUUCUUAUGCCUUUCUUACAAUUUUAUUUACCAUCAGAUUAUUUUCUGACCUUGGAUUAUUCUUAUCCAUCAAUGUCUUUACUUAAGGUUCAUGUUAAAAGCAAAAGUUUGUGUGUUCUACUUAUCGAUAGUAUUGAUACAUUAACCAAUUUAUUGUGAGUAUUUGCGUAGGGCCUGUAAAUGGGCAAACCAUUGAGGGUGCAUUAAAAUGUCCUAAGCAGAGGUUCAGAACCAUUUGUAUAGAGGAAAAGUUGCAUAACAGUGAAACACAAUACUUGAAAAUUAUAUAAUUGUGGGUUUUGGGAGAAAUCCUUUGCAUUAGCAUUCUAUCUUUUUUUUAAUAAAUUUCUAUUUAAAAAAAAAAAAAAAAGUUUGACAUACAAGCUACUACACCCGGACACGUCCCAUUUGUACUCACAUGGAUACAAACAUUAUUGUGAAUACACAUCCCCCAUGAAGAAAGAAAUGCUCUCAGACACAUCAUCAGAUGAUGCUUCUGUAACUUAGCAAAUAAAGCCGUGCCUAGCUGCCCAUCAAUUCUCAAAGCAUACAGACCAAUAGGAAGUGCUCGGAACAGACAGGAGCUACUGCCUGCAGCUGAAGAGCUGUCUCAACCUGCCAGCUGAUAUGUCAAUUUGGACAUGGACAGACAUGGGCGAGGAAAUGAGAGGAUCUCUGUGAACAACCAUGCAGAAAAUCCUCAUAACACAGUUGCUGUAGGGUUUCAAAAUCUCAUAAUUCAUAUGUGUGUCACCAUCCCUGUUUCUUGUGGGAAAUAAUUUCUGUUAUAGAGUUAUAUGUUAUAUGCUUUCUAAAUUAACACAGACUGUGUAUUCUAAAGAAUCUGUGUUUUCUUAACAUUUUCAGCAGAAGUAUCCCUGAAUGUGUGGGGGAAAAAAGUCACUUUUCAGCCCAUUCGCAUAUUUCUCAUCGCCCUUCAGUGUCCUAUCCCAACCUUUUCUAGUUUCUCCUUUUCUGCUUUCUUCCUUUUUUUAAAGGAAAAAGUCUUGCCCUUUCUGUUCUGCUCUUUCUGCUGGUUGUAGAUUUUGUCUCUUUCUGCUGGUUGUAGAUUUAUGUGUAUAGGGAGGUUGCGCAUAGGUUAUGUAUGUAGGUUUGUGUGGGAGAGACUGUAUGUGGUGAUGAUGGAUAUGUAUAUCUGUGUGUGUAUGUUGGAGUGUACUUGUGGGUGUAUGUAUGUUGUAGAGCCUGUUGUGCGAGGAGCUGUAUCUGUGUGCUUAUAUUUGUGUGUGAGAGGUUGGGUGUGUGGGCUAUGUUUUUGUGUCUGUAGAGGCUGCGAUUUUAGCCUUCCAUCCAAUUUUAAUUAACUAAGUAUAUAUAUAUAAGUAUAUAUCCCUCCUAGCUUACGGUUAGGUAGAGAGCUAUAUCCUCUCUGGUGGGCGGUGUGUAUGGUCUGCGCCUCCCGUGAGUACAGAUCAGUGUAAUUCCAGGCAUUUCUUUGUGACUGAGUCAGAGAAUUGUCAUGGUAACCCAGUUGUGUACCACUUCCUUCAUUGGGUGCAGACUGCUCGCUCCUUGAAUAUAGUGAGGUGGUGCUGGGCUGACAGGGAGAUCAUUUAAUCUCUGUUCUGGCCUGUUUAAAUGCAUGACACCCUCUCCACAUGUACCUUGUCCAUGGUGCAAAUAUCUGAGCGGACAUGUGCCAUGAGUUUAAAAACAUGGAUCUAAAAGAAACAUUAUGAUUAACCGCUUAUUAUGGUAAAAUUAUGCAGUCGCAGGUUCUGUAGACAUUUUAGUAAACCUAGCUGGCCAAAGGUCACAUGAUUUAUCUUCAGAUCCCUGGGAUUACAUUAUUCUACCUUAACAUGCUACCCCUGCUUUUAUAUUAUUUGACAAAUAACCUAAUUCCCCGGGUGCAGCAUCGCAGAAAUCAUUCAAACUCAAGAGGCAGCAAUUGCACAGAGCACCUGCCUUGCAAAAACUUCUCAUUGAGCUGCAUUGGGAAGUCUGUGAUUGGACAACCACAGAAAGUCUGGGCAGGGCUAGAAGGGGAGGGAUUACAAAGGCUGCAGACAAGAGAUCUGCAGUUUUUGCAAGCCGCCUUGGUACGCCACUGCAUGAUAUGUAUAUUGUGGUGUAAUUCUACGAUAUACAUGUCACUCCUGCUGUUUAGAGCUUCAGUUUACAUAUUCAGUUUAAUUUUUCUAUCAUAAUAUAAAGAUCUAUACUAAAAUCACUGCUACAGAGGACAUCUACUUCCCGAAAAUAGUGUUCUGAUUUUUUGAAAUGGAGUAAAUCUUAUGUUGAAUUCUUUUCUCUGUUGCAGAUUUCAUAAUUCAUAUUCAAUAUACACAACUAACAGCAAUUAUGCUGAUGAUGAUUCAAUGAUAGACAAUUUGAUUUUAAUGGCGAACAAAAAGCCUAUUAUCCCAUCUAAUCCAUCUGUCUAUAAAACACAGGUUUCUUUUUGAUUUUGUUUCAUGAUCCUGAGACCAGAGUUGCUGUCUCAAGCAUCCUUGAACUCUACUACUGAAUUUGUUUGUUUGGAGUGUUAUUACAUGCAUCUGCAACCUUUUCCAUUAAAAAAAAACAAAAGAAAACAAAAAAAAAAACAGUUACAUAAAAUGUUCCUCUCUCCAACUUCAGGCUACAAUGUCUUGCUAUAUUCAGACCUUGUUAACCUGUUGAACUUCAAUGUUGAGGAUAUAGCUAUUCUUUAAUGCACAUGUGACGCAAGUCUGAACCAUGGCAAUAUCAAGUGUCUUGCUGAGAAACACAAUUACUGAAUUAUAAAUAUAUGGACAUAAGGAGAAUUCUAGGCACAUACACACUCUUUAUAUUAAUGAAUCUUCUGCCCCCUUGCCACACCACCCUUGUCAAGUCCUAUCUAAAAUCUUCAGUCUCUAUUUCUCUGUUUUCUUGUCUUAUCAACUUCACUCAUACUUGCAGUUGUUAUUGUCAUGUUAGUAAUCAUUUCCUCCUCUAUUACUUGUUUCUUUUUUCCUAACAAUUAAUCAAUGACCUUAAAUAUUUGUUUUGUUUGACUAAUUUUGCUUGACUUGCCUGAUUUGUUUUACUCUGUGAAUCUCUUGUUUCUUCUUGAUCUCCAAAACCUUGUAUUUAUUAAACCAUUUUUUCUGGUUCUCAAUUUACAUAUCCUAUUUCAACAGUGUAUUUUCUUUCAUUUAUCCCCUUAAGGUCCAAACUUCUGGAAUAAAAGGGAAUCAUGACAUGUCACACAUGUCGUGUCCUUAAGGGGAUACGCUACUUUUUUUUUUGGCGUCCCUACUUUGUCAGUCUGUCUCGUGGUCAGUGGUGAAGCUCAGACUUGCUGUGCUAAUGGCUUGGCUUUAUAUUUGGCUCUGCCCUUUUAUUUGCCAAAACAAGUCGACUUCCAAAUCCGGUUCGUUUAGAAGUAAAACUAAAAUAUAUUCACCCGAAAAGUCCAAGUAGUGCUCCAUUUCUUGCAGUAUUGGCUCCCAUUUUGGUUGCUGCUACACACACUAAUCGGCAAUUUGAUACAUGUCCAUUUCUUCUUAUUUCAGACAGUAAUAAAUGUUAACACUUUUCUAAUGCCUAAACCCUGUGUUUUUUAGGUUUCAAUUUAAAAUCCUGGUUCUCUCCUACAUACCUUUCAAUAACUAUACAUCAAACGAAAUAUCCUCUGUCAUUGACGAGUGCAGUUUCUCAGCCUUUUUCCAUUAAAAUAUUUCAAAAUAUUUUUGCUAUCUUAUCAUGCUCCUUUUUUGUUAAUGAGAGACAGGAGUUCACUGGAUAUUUACUGCCCUCCAGUUGAAUGAAGUAGUGAUGCCUAUAUUGGCUUAUCUGUUUUAGUCUUUGCCGAUGUUACUGCAAAUCCUAGGAAUUUGCUACAAUCAAGGGACUUUUGUCAAAUGCAUCUCUUUUAUACAUUGAAAAGUAGUGUUAAAUCCAUCCUUUAAGUUCUUUGCUGCACUUAAUAAAAAUCCAUUCAUAUUGUGUGUAUUUGUUUCAUUUUAGGCCCAGAUGAUUUUUCCUCCCUGAACUAUCAGUCCACUGCAGAUAACGGCAGCGCAGAGUUGAAGAAUGAAGAUAACUAUGUGUCUUCACCAGAUGCGGUGAGCGCAGUGUAUGACAGCACACGGGACACAAGACAAGAUCUGGUAAUGCUAUAACUAAAUAAUUUUAUUAUAUUAUGCAUAUUCAAAGUGGUUUCUGGCAUUGAGUAGCAGCACUCACGGAGUUUAAAAGUUCCAAUCUUUAUUUAUUCAUAUUAAAAAUCAUGAUCAACGUUUCAGGGGACUUUCUUCAGGAUCAAUACCAUUGAUAUCUGGAUAACCAAUCCCCGGCAAACAAGGGACAUUUACAGAGUGAGUGCAAGAGAUUAUAUAUAUACAUAAUCUAUAUAUCCUGCACUCACGUAUAAAGUAUACCGCUGCCCGGCGCAAAACCAAGGCUCCAAUAGAUACAGAAUCCAGUAAGGGAGGCUGCUCUCUGGGCUUAAAACUUCAAUUUAUUAUGACAAGUUAAAAAUGACGACCCACGUUUCGGUUCCCGCUCGGGACCUUCCUCGAAUACAACAAAUACAACAGAGAAAAAUAUAUAUCUCUAUCUAUCCAGCCGGGACAGCAGACACAGGGGCAGCGAAGUGCCGCCUGGGGCCUAUGGAUGGGCCGGCCCUGCAGGUUGUCAAUCUUGAAGCCAGCUAGGUUUACACUCUCCUUUUUUUGUUUAAAAUUUUGAACCCUGGUCAAAAUUCACUAGGUUCAAUAAAUCAUAGUGAAUUAAUGCCAUACAUUCUCUUGAAAAUGAACUUCUACAUUCUGUAUUCUCUAUAUAAAAAAAGUCCCUAGAGUUCUGUUUUUAUUUAAGUGUGUUUGUGGGUCUGUAUGUAAGUGUGUAUGUGUGUGUGUGUGUGUGUGUGUGUAUGUAUGUGUGUGUGUAUAUAUAUAUAUAAUAUAUAUAUAUAUAUAUAUAUAUAUAUAUAUAUAUAUAUAUAUAUAUAUAUAUAUGACAAAAUGGAGAAGUAAUGUGUGACAAAUUAAGUACACCUUGUGAUUCAACCGCUUGUAAAACCACCUUUAGCAGCAAUAACUUUAGAAUGGUUUUCUGCAUAACUUUGUCAGUUUCUCACAUCGUUGUGAAGGAAUUGUGGCCCGCUCUACUUUACAGCAUUGCUUCAGUUCAUUGAGGUCUGCUGGCAUAGGCGUGCGCACGGGGUGUGCCAGGGCACACCCUAAUCCCCGCGGCCCACCUAUGGAUUGAGACCAGCAGGGGAGGUCUCAGGAUCUCCCCUGUCGGCUCAUGCAGGGGAGGCGCACUCACACAGCACAAUAACAGCACCCUAACAAACACACACACACAGCACACUACCAGCACCCUCACACACAGGACACAAACAGCACCCUCACACAGCACACUAACCGCACCCUCACAAACACACACAAACACCCUCACCCACAAAGCACACUACCAGCACCCUCCCAUACAGCACCCUCACACCACCCUCACACAGCACACUAACAGCACACACACAUACACAGCAGUGUAUGUAUGUGUAUGUGUGUGUGUGUAUGUGUAUAUAUAUAUAUAUAUAUAUAUAUAUAUAAUAUGUACACGCGGCGUGUGUUUGUGCUUUAGGGUGCACACCCUAAUGUAAUAGGCUGCGCACGCCUAUGUCUGCUGGCAUUUGUUUAUGCGCAGUUCUCUUAAAGUCCUGCCACAGCAUUCUAAUCAGAAUAAGGUCUGGACUUUGACAGAGCUAUUGUGACACCUAGAUUAUUUUUCAUUUUCAGCCUGUUGUAGAUUUGCUGGUGUGCUAGAGGUCAUUAUCGUGUUGCAUGACCCAAUUGUAGCCAAGCUUUAGCUCUUGAAUACUUUGGUAUACAGAGGAGUUCAUGGGCCGCUCAAUGACUGCAAGGUUCCCAGGUCCUAAUGUUGCAAAACAAGCUCAAAUCAUCACUGCUCCACCACCGUGCUUGACAGUUUAUAUGAGGGGUUUGUGCAAAAAUGCGGUUUGGUUUUUGUCAAACCUGGCGCUGUGUAUUAUGGCUAAACAUCUCAUCUUGGUCUCGUCUGUCCAAAGGACAUUGUCCCAGAAGUCUAGUGGUUUGUUCACACAUAAUAUGCACCAACAUUUUUUUAAAGAAACCAGCGCUUAUAAAUUCAAUCUAUAAUAGACCAUAUGGAAACAAAUUUUUUUUUAAAUACAGCUGCUAAAACAUUCCAAUGACCCCUUCAAAUGUCACACACAAAAAACAGUACAAAAUAUAUGAAUGUAGCGCUUAUUAAAAAGAAAUAGAAAUAGUAAGUCACCUUUUGAAAUGGCUUAAAGGAAGAUAAUUUGAAUGUUAGAUAUCUGUGAAAGACAAUUUAACAGUGCAAAUCAUAUAAUAAAAUUAGUAUAAAUGAACUGCUAAUAUUUAAACUCACAGACAUGGAGCUGUGGGCCCAGCUCCAGGUUAAAGCGUCUUUGGAUCCGUUUGGCGAUCCACCCCUAUUAUAGAUGUCUUUCUCUUUUGCUCUAUAAAACACAAUAAGGGGUACCACCAAUUGCGCAGUAUCGUUUAAAUAUAUGAAAUAUGCAAAUAUAAAAUUCCGAGAGUCAAUACUCACAAUGAUGGAGUCAUAGAAAUAUGACUCAAUAUACCAGCAUUGUGCAGAUCAAGGACUGCACUCCUUCUUUAAUGGGAAGUAAAAACUGGAACCAAUUUCAUAUAAAAGAUAAAAAUAACAAUUUAUUCACUAUACAUACAAAAUCGGAGUUGAGGCCAUAAGGGAUUAGAGUGUUCAGUUUGUAAAUCCACUCCAUCUCUCGUUUCCCCAAAUCUUUUAUAAAAUCCCCACCUCUCCAAUUUUUCCGUACCUUAUCUAUACCACAAAAAGUUAAACCCUCUGGUCGUGAUGUAGUUUAAAAUGACUAGACACACUGUGUUGUUCGUAACCUAUUUGUAUUUUAUAUAUAUGUUCCCUGAUUCUGACAUGUAAAGGUCUAGUUGUUCUCCCCACAUAAUUCAACCCACAUGGACAAGUAAGGAGAUAGAUCACAUUUUUAGAGUAACAGGUUAUAAAUUGUUUUAUUUGGGUUUUAACUGUUUAACUGCUCCAUUUAGGUCAAUAUUUCCAAUUUUUCUCCGAAUACACCCUGACUUCUUACAUGCCGUACAUUGUCCACAACCAAAGAAACCUUUCUCAUUGUUAAAUAUAGUGGGGGAAGUUUUAAUUUCCUUCAAUGAACUUUUUACUAAGGUGUUCUUAAAGUUUUUAGCACCUCUAUAUACCAUUCUAGGGUUAAUGGAAAGGAUUUGUUUCAAAACAGGAUCUUGUAGUAAUAUUGGCCAAUACUUUCUGAUAAUUUGGUUGAUUUGAUAAUUAUGAGAAUUGUAAUUGCAAACAAAUGGUACAAUUUGUCCGUCUGUGGUUGAUUUAUUCUUAUAAGGUAGCAGUUCUUUUCUCUCUCUAUUCUUCACUUCAUUUCUUGAAUUCUCUAGCUUAUGGGUAUCAUAACCCUUGGCUUAUACGUUGAGACUGUUCAUCAUAGACACUAAGAUCACUACAAUUGCGUCUGAUCCUUAAAAACUGCCCCUUCGUUGCGUUCUCUAACCAGGGGAAAUGGUGGCAACUUGCCCUCUCUUUAAAGCUGUUACAGUCUACUUUUUAAAAAUGAUUCCUCGUUUUGAUGUUUCCUUCUUCCACAAAAAUAUCCAAGUCUAAGAAUGUAACCAAAUUUUUACUCCAUAUACUACUGAGUUUAAUGCCCCAUUUAACAUGCUGUCAUUUAACAUGCUUACUGAGGCAUGUUGCAUCUGAGAUUUAAGUCUUGGGCUUUUUGCAAUUUCUCUGAGCAUUUCUUGGUCAGACCUUGGGGUGAAUUUGCUUGAAUUUCCACUCGUGGGAUGAUGGUGUCUUUCCUCCUUGGCAUUGUGUUAACAUUUUGGUAGAUACUUACCACUGCAUACCCAACAAUACUUGUUUCAUUGGAGAUGCUCUGACCCAGUUGUCUAGCCAUCAUUAUUUGGCCCUUGUCAAAGUCACUUUUUGCUUGUCCCUUUUUCCUGCUUCUGACACCUGAAAUUCAAGAACUGACUUAAUUUGCUACCUCAUAUUUUACAAUCCUCUGGGAAUGUGCUAUUGUAGCAAUAUAAUCCAUGUUAUUCACUUCACCUAUUAAUGGUUUAAUGUUGUGGCUGAUCAGUGUGUGUAUGUGUCUGUGUGUCUGUGUGUCUGUCUGUCUCUAUCUAUCUAUCUAUCUAUCUAUCGUGUUUUAAAAGCUGUUGAAUACCGCAGACAUAUACUCCAAGGAAUCUGUGUAUAUAGUGGAAUAAAUGAGGCAAAAAAGUGGUUCUUUGUUGAACUAAUUUGCAGAUGCCCACACAGAAUCCCUUGCAGUAGUAACAGCUCUGCAAAUAAGAUUUCUGUGGGAAAAGCAAGCCUUGUGGCUUGUUUGAUGUGUGCAUUUCUAUGUUUAACAAUAUAUUUACUAUAUGUUUGUCUCUGUUUAGCUCUAUCACGCUCCUAAAGAGAGGAGACUGAAGUGUCUCUCUGCCUACCUCCCCCCACUUUUGUCUCCCCAUGGCCUUUCUUUUUUCCCUAUCCACCUCCCCAUCUUUCUCACCACCAGCCCACUUCUUCUCUUCAUAUUCCCUUUUGCCCUUUCUUGGUUUGGUUGAAGCCCCAAAUGCAGAGAAAGUGAGUUGUGCCAGUAAAUAUUCUCAGUCCGGCAUCCUUGGGGUUUAGUUUGGUUCUGUGUGGAGGGGGUUGGGAUAUAGCAAACAUAAUUUCCCUGCUCUUUAUUUUGGCUGUAUACAGAGUCUGUUGCCAAAAGGCAACAUUUUGGUAAAAUAUGUGCUUUCAUAGGCAUUACUGUGUGCCUACUGCUUGACAUAUUUUUUUAUGUAUGUAUUUAUUAGUUUAUAUCUUGGAUAUACCUAAAUAUAUUCAUAGAUGGCAAUGUAAAAGAAAACAAAAAACCCGGGGGCGUUGUCAGCAGCCGAACAGAGCAGACUUGCUACAAGGGAGCUCGACAGCAACAAGCCUGUAAAAGCAAUAUAAAACGCUCCUUUUGCAGCAGAAUAAGCACCAAUAGAAUGGGGAAGAAAUCCAGAUGCCAAGGACCCGUCGGGAUCCCGGGAUAUUGAAGAUCUUCUACUCUGGCCUUCCAGGGCCUCUGACACCUUUGCGCCAAAGAAAAUGGCAACUCCCUCUUGGCCUACUCCGAAGAAUGGGUUAUGGACGUGCUAGAUGAGAUCCCAGAUGCAGGGGGGUUUCAUAACCCCAUCUCCGAUGAAGACGUGUUGCCAUCUACCAAAGGCGACAUUAAGGUGUUUCUCCGCAACGUCCGACUGCUAUUUGCGGCAGAUAUGCGAGAAGAAAUACAUACUGUGGUGGGACGCGUAAAGGCAGUAGAGGCAGAUACACAGGACCUCAGUUCAAGAUGCCUAACAAUGGAAUCCCUGACAGCAGAGCUCCAAAAGGCCCAAGCACAACUUACCACUCGCAUGGACACCAUGGAAGACAGGCACCGAAAUGUUAAAAUUAGGGCAUCCCUUAGUUGAUCAAUGCUGAGGAGUUACCCCACUACACCAGGAGGCUGCUGAGUACUAUACUCAACCCCAGACAGGCCAAGAAAGCCAUGGUAGAUGGGAUAUUACGCAUACCAGCGAUCUCACCAAGGGAUGUUAUAAUCCAGUUCCAGUGACAACCUACCUGCUCCUUUGAAAUUUCUCACCUAUUGUUUUUCCAAGAUCUAUCCAGACCAUUACUAUGGAGAAGCCAGUGUAAAUCUCUGACCUCUACACUUCGUAACCACUUAAUUCCAUACCGCUGGGUCUUCCCCAGAAGCCUGGUCAUAUUGCAUGGAGGGAAAAGCUUAAGAAUUAUCACCACCGCAGAAACGGAGGCAUUGCUCUUGACCUUGGGACUAUCGCAACAUCUGGAAGCGGAGGCACCAGCUCCCGGUCGGAGAGCACUACAUAACUGGGACAUAUCUAAAAUUGUGCCGUUCCAGCCAUCUGGGACUCCCAAUGUGGAGGCAACAGCUCCUGGUCGGAGAGCUCUACAUAACUGGGACAUAUCUAAAAUUGUGCCGUUCCAGCCAUCUGGGCCCCUUCGCCGCAAAUUCAACCUCCACUAGUCCAACGAGAAAGAAGCAGCGCAAGCUAGGCUCCCGAGGAACUGACGGGGACUCAUACACCCCUAGCCGACAGGACUGUUCUCCUUAUCUUCAUUCUCCCUAACCGGGAACAGCGUUUUAAGUUUAUCAGUUGAGCAUUAGGUACAAUGUAGCCUAAAACAAUACAUUGGCCCCAGACAUUCCUAGCUACAACCAGGUGAGGGCUUAGGCAUACCUGCAUACUACCCCCACACCACCUCCAAGCCACGUUAAAACCAUCAGUACAAUAUUAACCCUUAAAUGGAUAUCUCUGUUAGCACAUUUUUACUAUACUUUAAUUUUUCUUUUAUAUUUUUUAAAUGUAAGCAGGUUUGUCUCUCUGAGAGUGCCACGGGUAAAAGAGCAACAUGAUAGAAGGGUGAAGGUAUUCCACAACCACUGCACUGCACAACUCCUGUACCUAUUUACUACUGACAAACCACAAACCCCUCCCCCCCAAGCUCUGGGUUACAGAGCAUCCCACCCAACUUACAUGAUAGCAACUGAGUCAGUUUAACUCCAGAGGUUUGGUAUAGCAUUUUUCAGCCUGUUUGAUUAUAUUUAUGAAUAGUGAUUCUUGCAUAAGUCUAUGUACAUAUGUUAUUCACAACUCGUAUUACAUUAAAAAGGGGGGGGGCUCUUUCCAGCUGGUCUGUGUGCACCUUGCAGAAUUAUGCACAACUGUCGAUUAAGGCAAGUAUAUGCAGCAGGCAGAAGUACAAACGUAUCUCACAAAUUUUUUGUUUAAUACAUACUCAAAUGUGCUGUGUAGUAUGCACAUUAUGUCAUGUGUUGCACUGAAUUAGCAUAGAUUUGAUCACAUCUAAUUAAAUCGUAUCUCUAUCUAAGCAAAAGAUCAAAGUAAACUAUGUGGAACCAAACCACUAUAAGUAAGCCCAGUGUUUUUAUCUUUAUCUAUGUUUUUGUUAGACAUUUCAUUAGAUGCCCUAACUGAAUUUCUCUGUGAGCUCCCAGACUUCUUUAGAAAACAUGGCUCUUGGAUUAUAUCAUUGUUAAUAUGUAAAGUUUGCUUAGCCGUUUUUUUUUGCACAGUACAGAGAACUGUAGGCUGUUUGCUGUUUAUGAAAUAUAUUAAUGUAAUGAUGAUACAUGUAAUUGGUUUUCUUAAAAUAUAAAGGAACUUUUAAUUUCUUUCAAAGAUCACUCCAAGCUUCAUGACCGCUUCACUGGUUUUUAGUGAUCAUGGUGCCUAGAGUCUAUAUGUGUGCAGCGUUUUGCUAUGAAGCUACCUAAGGUGGAACUUUCUGUCCAUGUACUCCCAAAUGCCAGGCCUCCCUCCCCAUCCCCUCUGGCAAAGGGGAGUGACGUCUACAGAGAAAGAACGGUCUAGGGAGAACUUAGCUUCAAACUAACAUUUGUGAAAUCCGUAAAUGGCACACCUUGUGGUUUAUUCACUAAUCACGAAAUUGCAAUGAAUAGAAAACAUAAUUGCAAAAUUUAGGCGGCAGCACUGUUUGAUUUGGCAAAAUUCUCAAUCUUGGCUAUAGUUAUAGUUUGAGUAUUUUAGCCUGCUAUAAAUUGAGUUUUCAGUUCACUUUUCCUACAUUUAAUUAACAUAUGUUUUUAUUUUUUUCUUUGCAGAUGUCUGUAGUAGUAUUCAAAAUACUUGGUGUGAAUUGUGGAAUCGAUAUCAGAGGAGAAGAUGCAAUCAUUUGCCUACAGGUUAAUCAAGUAGUUCCAAACCAGCUUGGGAAUGUUGGUGUUUGGCAAUACCUUAACAGCCGCAGCAUGAGUAAGGGAAAUUAAGAUACCAUGACUUUAUUUUUAUGCAUUGUAGUAAAAUGUAAAUGUCAGGUGUUCCCAAAGAACGCCCAGUUGUCCAAUAAAAUUGUGCAAGGAGAGGACAGAAAAUGCUCAGGAAAGUGUAUUCACUUCUCUUUUUUUCUGCCACUCUACAUUUAGCGACCUUCUUUAAUGAAUAUUUCUGAGAAAAAUGGCAGAAUUUUCUAUGAUGAAAACUGUAUUCGUACAUGUCCUCAAAAUAAUGGCACAAUUUAACUAUCACUUUCUCAGAACACAUUGAUAAAUACACCCCUUAGUUUGCAUACCAAGAAGUUCACAGACUCUGAAAUAGUUUCUUAACUAUAUUGUAUCCUUUUGUAACGUGAUCAGCUUAUAUUUUAUAUAUCCAGAUACAUUAACAUCUGUUUUAUCACUGCCUGUCUUUAAAUUAAACUCUGUUUCCAGGGGGGUGGGGGGCUUUUAAACACAGACUUCAGUGGAUUAGAAGUAGAAAACAUAUUGGCAGCCAUCUGUCAAGUGGUGUCUGGCUUAUCGCUUUACAAAUCAGAGUAGCAUACUGGAUAUAUUACUGAAUGGAUGUGUAUACAUAGUACCGGUAACAUGUAUUUAUCUGCUUCUCCCUUGGUUAAGUUAGAGAACAUGCCCUAAACCCAUCGAGAGUUGGCUUGGAGAGAAAAACCUUUUAGAAAUCUAUUAUUAUUCUUAUAAAUGAGCAGAGAAAAGAAUGGUUUCAUUUAAUACUUCAUUUGUUUUGUUUUGGGGUUUUAAGUAUUUUUAAAAUUUAUUUAUUAUAUUUUUCCUCGUUUCACAAAAAUCAUCAAUAUAUUCAUUGAUAGAUACAUGCGCAAAUAGAGAUACAGCUGCAAAUGCAUAAUUCCUUUUAUCUUUAUGCAAUCACUAUUAUAUCAAUCAUAUUCUGUAGUUGUGGCUGCUAUGUGCUUUGAUGUUUCCUUACAAUUCUCCACUCCUCAUAAUUGCAACAUUGUUUUCCAUUUUCUUUUUCUCCAUUUUUGAAAUCUCCUUUUUGAUCUCAUCAGGUGUUGAAAAUACAGCCAACAGCUUUUUAAUAGUACAAGCCACACUCUUUUGUGUAGUCACCUUUAUAUUUAAACAAUUAAGUCAUACUAAUUAGUUAGGGAAACCAAAUUGAUGGCAGACCAUAAACCUAAUAAUAAAAUAAGAUUUUUCUUUUCUUUUUUUUAUUCUUUUGAUUUUUUUUCUUAGCACAUUCCAAAAAUGAGCUGUGUCACAAUACUUUAAAAAGAGCCACAUAAAGGUUUCCCACCCAUAUCUUCCCAUUGUUUGGCUAUAUUUUUCAUUUACUUCUGUUAUGAACAGUCUGUAAUAUUAUUUAGCAUAAAAUAUCAAUGUAAUACCUACCGCUGUGUGGCAUUCACAAAAACAAAUUAUAAACUCAUUUGUGCACUGAAUAUCCUGUAUUAUUUUAUUCAUAAGCAUAAAUAUAACACAAGAGAAUCCCAGAGAUUGCACUUCCACUUCUGUAAAUAUGUUAAUGGAAUAAUGAUGAUAAAAAAUUAUUUUUACCAUUUUCAAUAAAAUUCAGGGAUUGUAUCUCUCUUUCACCCUAUUCCCAGAUAGCCUAUCUCUCUUUCCCUUUGGAAGUAGGAAACAAGCAGGUAUGGAAUUUAUGGAGCAAGAGGCGUUUGUUCCAAUUUUUUUUUUUUGAGUUCCAUUUAUGAAGGAAAUCCAAAAAUUAUAUUUACAGAAGUGUCUCCUCUUUUCCCAUCUACAGGCUCCGAAAAUAAAUUAAUGAUAGAUCAGAGAAAGUCUAGUCCAGAAAUCAGCUUGCGUCUGGAAACAGGUCCAAGUUGUAAAAAGUAUUCUCCACUAGCUGCUGAAAAUGGGUUUCUGCAAUGCCAGGUGACAAAUUUUAGCUCAGAAUUCCUCACGUCUACACUUGCCAACAUCCGCCAUUUUGUGGAAGAUGACUCUGUUGCAGAAGUGAUGCCUAUGAAAAUCCAAAUUCAGAAUACGAGGGUGCAUUUAAAGGUAUCAAUAAUAGAUAACAUUAAAAGCAAUGUAGUUGCCAUGUUGGUACUCCGUUUUUGUGAAAAUUAAAUAAAUUAUCUAAAUCCAAAACAUCAUUGGAUACUUGGAGAAGGGGGACAAAGAAUACCUAAGUCUUUAUUAACAUGAGAAGUCCUUAGAAGCACAUAAAAACAUAUUGUAGGUAUCAUGAAGGGUUUGUUGUAAUGAGCAAAACACAAAGUAGAACUGUAUGCGUUGCUUUGUAUUCCAUUACCUUAAAAGAAUACUUUAAUGUUUAUCCAAUACAAUUUAUCCAGUGCCUUUCCAGUCCCAAUGCUGCAGCUGCUUCUUCUGCUGUCGAAUUAUCCAGACCACUGAUUUCUCGCCAAUGCAAUGUUUGUCACAGACAAACAUUAGGCCUUGGUGAGCAAGCGCGUCAACCAUUUCUCUCAGUCAAUCAAUUGCUUCUCAUGGAAACAUUGAAUCCCAUUAGAAGCAUUUUAAACAUUUAUCGUGUUGUGCAAACUUGAAGACCUCUACAGUAAACUGUAGUGAGUUUGGUGCUUAGCAUGUCCCUUUAAGAAAUGUAAAAUGUAUAAAUUACAUUCUUUGGCAAGUGCUGUUUUCAGAGUAUGUGAUAUUUCCUGUUUUAGUAUAUAGAUAUGUGUAGGUGAUGUAAUGACAGUGGCAUUAUUUCUCUAGAUCACAGAAGACAGGGGUUAUCAGCUCUUAAAAGCGUAAAUGUUGUAAUAUUAGUGUUUCAUAUGCACUCUCUUGAUUCUCUGUUAUGGUACACUAUAUGUGGUUAUACGUUUUCAAGUUUUUUCAUGCAUAAGGAGAUGUGAACAAGAUCUUUGGCACUAUAGGUAUAUGUAUUGAUUCUGUUUUAAUCACACCUUUUUUAACAGUGCUUAAUUUGAGGAUCCCCUGUGUGGUGAUGAUUGUUUGUGCCUUGAACUGUACAGGUUUAUCAGCCAUCAUUGCCCUGGGGUAUGUUGUCAUGGUGGGGAGUCAGUGCUGGCUGAUCUCUAUUUCUUGCAGCCCUUUAUGUUAAUGGAUCGCGCACAUGGCUGGCGUGCGGCGACCAUCUUGAAGGGUGCUGCCCGGCUAGUGUUCCGCGACAGGGCUGUCGUUUGGGCCCCGAUCAGCGUUGCAGUGUAUGCCCAUGGAGGCCGGUCCAGAGGGGGAGGGAGGGUAUGCGAGACGCCGGUCGUAGACCCUGUAGGGCGGCCGUCCUAUCCCAGCUCAAGCUCUGGCGUGCUUCGGGCCCUGUCUGGUCCCGCUGGAUGCCAUGCAGGGUCUUGAAAUGUGUCCCUGUGUUUCCCAGUAGCUGGAGGUCACCGUGGGCACCAAUAUGAGUCAGUGGUUGCUUUUGGCUCCAAGGUAAUGCCGGUUUCUGGGCCCUGAAGCAGGAGCUUAGACGGCGCACGUCUGAUCCUGUUGAUGGUCGAGCCCCGCACCCCCCAAUGGCUAUUUUGAUGGGAUGUAAUAUUAAAUUACAUAUGCAUGAAGAUAGAUUUUUUUUUCAUAUUCUGCAGUAUUUUAUUAGGGUUACAUACAUGUAUUUCAAUGAAUGUCAGAAGAAAAAUUCUCUAAAUCUGUGCUCCUGAUUGCGUAUCUAGUCCAGCAUCUAGAACUGAAGUAAAAGGAUUGGAAUUGCACAAAGCUUUCAGCUGUACAAUUGUAUUUUCUCUUCUAAGAGGGUGUUUAUAUCACAAAUAUUGGAAAAAAAUGUACUGUAACUCUGGGCAAUAAAUGCAUUCCUUCCAAUAAGAUGUCUAAUAUCUCUUGUGCCCAGAGGAUACACAGAUCUAUAAAUGGCUAUAUUUUCUAUGAAACGAAAAGUAACAAAGAGCUGUGUGAAUUACCACUUCCAUAAUAGUUUGCAAACUACAACUAUGCAGUAUUUUCUAAUAUAUAUAUAUAUAUAUAUAUAUAUAUAUAUAUUUUGGAAACUAGUGAAAGGCCUUUAUUUUUGAAAAAUCUUACAUUGCAGGUAUAUUCUGGUUUAAUAAUUGUUAAUGGAUUUCUUUUUUUCUGUAGGAUGACAGUCCUCGAAAUAAUAACACUGAUCCAGAGCCGGACCCCAUAAUUCUUAACAUUGAGAACCUUUUUGUAGAAAGAAGUGAUGACGGAUCUUUCAAUAUAAAAGGUAUGCUAGGAUUGUCAUCCCAAUCUUUCUUCAGUGUUUAAAAGCAGAGAUGUGAGAACUGUAAUGUCAGCAUUAAAUAAACUGUAAGAUUUAGUGUGUAAAUCACAGUAGUGAAAUCACCAGGAAAUGUAUAUUCAGUUUUGUACUUGCUUUUAGCUGGUCUUCAAGCAUUUGCUAUGUGUGUCUUGUGAACAGGUUGCCUGGUCCCUGACUUUGGAUCCAGACAUGAAGCUGUUACUGCGUCCAUCCCUUCUCCAUGUCACCAUGGCCCUUCAGGAGCUAUCAGAACGUUCUGGUACCUUACGCUCCUUUAGUGAUAACGCCCAACCUUUAACCAAGUACUGGAUAAAGUGAUGAACCGCUCCUUCCACCGUGUACCCAAACAAAACACAAGACUUACUUUAGGGAGAAGACAACUUGAACAAUAGACUUAAUAUUUCUAGAGUAAAAGUUGUUACACAAAGGAGUGACAAACAUGUAAAACAGUGUGGGGCCUUGUGGGGGAUCAAUCACAGUGCUGAGCACAUACACAUCCUUGGUGCUAGUAUAUCUGUGCUAAGCCGAACUAAAGUGGAAAGGGAGCAAGUGUUUAUGUGCGGUUUGUUCUAUACAGAUUACUGGGACUUAUAGAUUUAUUUCAUAUGAAUAUUUUAGAUGAAAGGAACACUAUAGCUUUAAGAAUACAAACCUAUAUUUCUAUCGCUAUAGUGUUGUUGUGGCCAAGGCUUAAAUAUGAAUAUUAAUCUGCUAAUUUAACUUAAGUAACAACAUUAAUAUAGAUGUUCAGUGGGCAUAAAUGGAACAUAGGCAAAAUAUCAUGCAUGGAGUAGACAUCAACUGUAACAACACUGUGUAUAGCGGACAAAGCAAGCAGCCUUACAGACCUAUAGUUUAAAUAAAAUAACUGGAACACCAAACAUUUAUGUCUUUGAAAAAUAAAUGCAGUUCUGACCCCGUGUGAACCCUUGUUAAACAGACACAACAAAGCAUGUCCUAACAAAAAGGAGAAAGCACCAAACUAGGGAGGGUGUGGGUAGAUGAAGCCCAUGGAGUACACGUCAUCCAGGGAACACUAAGAUGGCGCUUAUGAGAUGGAUCCAGACAAGAGAUAGAGGUAAAAAAAGAUGGAAUGGGGGACCUAGUGACAGAACUAAUGUGGCCAUGACAGUGCCACUUUAAGGGAAUUCUUGUCUAAACAAAGUUGUAUUCCUAGCCCUUUAGCACCCCCUGCCCCCAAGUGUAAGGAAUAAUAAACCCUUACUGUACUUCACCUAUUUCAGCAUCGAUGUCCUUUGGCGCUGGGUCAGCGAUUCGCCUCUCCUAACAGAGGAGCACUAAUGAGCAUGCGCAGUGAACAUUGCAAGCGCAUUAGCCCCUCCCUGUAGGAAAGCAUUGCUGCAAUUCUUAUGUGGGUUUGAUUGAUGCUGGAUGCCCUCAUGCAGAGUGUGAGGACAUCCAGCGCCAGGCGAUCAAAAGUCGCCUAACCACCAGGAAGUGUCUCUAGUGGCUGCCUGAUUUAUCAGAAACUGCAGUAAUUACAAUUGCAGGAUUAAGGGGAUAGGGUCACUACACCUAAACCACUUCAAUGAGCUGAAGUGGUCUUGGUGCCUAUUGUGUCCCUUUAAGAUUAAGAAGAAGAAAAAUCUAUGUGAGACUCCACUUCAAAAUAUACUGUACUGCUUUUUACCACUAAUCCUUUCCAUUUCAUGUAACAUAACAGUUAAAUGUAUUCGCAGAAGCCUUAAUUCCCCUUUGACUCAAUAGGAGCGCAUCACUGGCAUACUCAUGGAGAGGAGAAUAAUAAGCUCACUGAUAAUUUCACUGUACCUGGGAGUCUUGGAAAAGACAAUAAUUUCAUGAAAUACUCUCAAUGUACACUUCAGGGAGCAGUUGUGAUGUUUUAAAUAUAUAACUCUUUGUUGUUCACAGUUGGUCACAGCACCCCAUGUGAUCCCCAAAUUAAGCACUGUUAAAAAAGGUGGUGUGAUUUAACACAGAAUCAAUACAUAUACCUUCAGUGCCAAAGAUCUUGAUCACAUCUCCUUAUGUAUGAAAAACCUGAAAACGUAUAACCACAUAUAGUGUACUAUAACAGAGAAUCAAGAGAGUGAAAAUGAAACACUAAUAUUACAACAUUUACGCUAUUAAGAGCUGAUAACCCCUGUCUUCUGUUCAUCUGUUUUGUUCACAAGCAUCAGAAAGAAAAUUAUUGGAAAUAGGACACUUCAUUAUGACUAAAAAAAAUAGAAUGUUGACAUUUAAAAAAUGUAUGUGUGUUUUUUCAAAAAAUAUAUACAAAUUCACCUGAAGGGCAAAGCAAAAAAAAAAAAAUUAAGGGUGUGCUUUUAAAUAUUUAUAUAAAAACAUAUAUACAUAGCUGAGGAUUUCAAGCCAAGCUCCAAGGAAUGUUUUAUUUUUUUCUAAUACUCCUUGGAGUUUGGCUUGGAAUCCUCGGCUAUUUGUCUAAAGAUUAUGUGCUCUUUGGGGGAUUUCUUCAAACACUUUGGUGUUUGUGUGUGUUAUGUACAAUGACCAAUAGCUGCAUUUGUGUGUCCAAUCAAAAACUACUCCUAUGUCAAUAUGUCCGACAUGACUGCUUCUGUUUAAGAAAUGUUUUGACGUAAAUUUUUUUAUUUUAUUUCAAAUAAGGUUUAAUGGAUCCAAAUACUGAUGAUACAACCAAUCACAGAGACUCAAAUAGUAUUGUUCAAAUUAAACACAGCGACACCAAAAUCAUAAAGGAGAAAAUCAAUGCUACUAAAUGCACACAGACACUUUGUGACAGCACUGGACUCCCAGAUGCCUCUGAAUUGUACAAUAGCACAGACUGGAGAACAGCAGCACUCACUAAGGCAAAGGUAUGAUGCGUUCAUUAUUCGGUUCUGUAGCUCCAUAGGCUUCCUAUGGGUAUUAGUGGAUCUACUUAAAAUUCCUAUGGUGUUGAUAAAGAUGGAGAACAGUGGUAACUGACCAGAAAGUGAAAGGGGAAUCCACAGUAUGGGGGAGAGUGAAGUGGAUAACCGGAAAAAAAACAAGCUGAAUUUUAUACAGUUGUAAUCAAAAUAAUCCAACCCACCAUUGAAAAUCUGGUUUAUUGUCAAAAUUUACAAACUUUCAGCUGUUUUCAAUGAACAAAUCAAACAUGACGAUUAUUUCGAGUGGUUUCCCCAAAUUCAACUGAAAAUGCAACUUAUAAUGACUUCACCAGACUCAAAAGUAUUUAAUCCCCGGAAUUGAGUCCCUUAUAACAGCACAAACUUUGCAAAACAGGUGAUGUCUCAAGCACACCUGAUGCACCUAAUCAAGGGCUUUAUUAGUUGCCCCUGGUGUGCCUGAGCAGGAAAACUUAAAAUACUGAACUGGCUAGUGGUUUAUUGCAUGUCACGUUUGACUGAAUGUUAGAAAUAUGGCAAGUCAAAAGAAUGGUCUACAAAGUUAAGAGACAAGCUCAUCGCCCUUCACAAGCAAGGAACAGGAUACAAAAAACAGCGAAGGCACUGAAUGUUUCACUGUUGAAUGACACUGAAGCCCAGUUCGCAAGUUAAAAGUUGAAGAAACAGUGAUUACACUACCUGGACGGGGCAGAAAAAGGAACUGAUCAGUGGCUGCAACUAGAUUUGUGGAAAAACCUUUGAGUGCCUGCAAAACACCUGCAGCAAGACUUGGUAGCAACAGGCACUGGAGUUUCAGUGAGCACAGUAAUAAACGCAAAAGGUUUCCAUGCCAGAAUUCCAAGACGUAUACCACUACUGACCGAAAAGCACAAGAAAAGAAUCAUAGAAUGUGAUGGCAGAUAAGAACCAUUCAGCCCAUCUAGUCUGCCCAAUUUUCUAAAUAUUUUCAUUAGUCUCUUAUAUGUAUAACAUCCUUAUGUCUAUCCCAAGCAUGCUUAAACUCCCUCACUAUGUUAACCUCUACCACUUUAACUGGAAAGCUAUUCCAUUCAUGCACUACUCUUUCAGUAAAUUAAUAGUUCCUGAUAUUAUUUUUAAACCUUUGCACCUCUAAUUUAAAGGACCACUAUAGUGCCAGGAAAACAUACUCUUUUUCCUGGCACUAUAGUGCCCUGAGGGUGCCCCCAUCCUCAGGGACCCCCUCCCGCCCGGCUCUGGAAAGGGGUUAAAACUUACCUUUUUCCAGCGCUGGGCGGGGAGCUCUCUGCCUCCUCUCCUCCUCCGAUCCUCCUCCUGGGCUGAAUGCGCAGCAAGAGCUGUGCACGCAUUCAGCCCGUUUACAAUGCUUUCCUAUGGACGCUGGCGUGCUCUCACUGUGAAAAUCACAGUGAGAAGCACGCAAGUGCCUCUAGUGGCUGUCAAUGAGACAGCCACUAGAGGAUUAGGGGGAAGGCUUAACCCAUUAAUAAACAUAGCAGUUUCUCUGAAACUGCUAUGUUUAUUAAAAAAUGGGUUAACCCUAGAAGGACCUGGCACCCAGACCACUUCAUUAAGCUGAAGUGGUCUGGGUGCCUAGAGUGGUCCUUUAAGGCUAUGUCCUCUUGUUGUGGUAGUUUUUCGUCUUUUAAAUAUACUCUCCUUUACAGUGUUGAUUCCCAUUAUAUAUUUAAAUGUUUCUAUCAUAUCCCCCUUGUCUUUCCUCCAAAGCUAUACAUGCUAACAUCCUUCAACCUCUCAUGGUAAGUUUUACCCUGCAAUUCAUGAAACCGUUUUGUAGCCCUUCUCUGAACUCUCUCCAAAGUAUCAAUAUCCUUCUGUAGAUACGGUCUCCAGUACUGCGUACAAUACUCCAAGAGAGGUCUCACCAGUGUUCUGUACAAUGGCAUGAGCACUUCCCUCUUUCUACUGCUAAUACCUCUCUUUAUACAACCAAUAAUUCUGCUAGCAUUUCAUGUUGCUAUGUUACAUUGUCUGCUUACCUUUAAGUCAUCAGAAAUAAUUACCCCUGAAUCCCUUUCCUCAGAUGUUGCGGUUAGGGCUGUAUAAAAUAUUCUGUACUCUGUCCUUGGGUUUUUAUGCCCAAGUUGCAUUAUCUUGCACUUAUCCACAUUAAAUGUUAGCUGCCACAACUCUGACCAUUUUUCUAGUUUACCUAAAUCAUUUGCCAUUUGGCUUAUUCCUUCUGGAACAUCAACCCUGAUGUAACUUUUUGUAUCAUCAGCAAGACCUUCGGCAAUAUCACUAAUAAAGUAUUGAAGAGAAUUGGUACAGAUCUCUGAGGUACCCCACUAGUAACAAGACCUUACUUUGAAUAUACUCCAUUGACCGAUUCAGCUCCAUCACCGAAGCUUGACUGGGGUCUCUCCAGAGCUCUUCCAUCCGACCAGGUUGCAGCUCUCUCCUUCCAGGCAGGUAAUGUCCCCUUUGCCUAUGCCGCUGCAGCUCUCCUUCAAGGCAGGUAUUCUAAACACUGCCUGUGAUGUGUGUGGCGGAACAGGCCUCACCACGUGUUCUUGGAGGGGGCUGCUUGCCCUCCUCCUACCUUCUGACUAUGGCCCUGGGAUAUAUGGCAUUUGAAAACACUAUUUGUGCCCUGUGACAAAACUGGAGAUUGUGCACAAAUAUGACUACUGUCCAUAUUUUUUAGGAUUCCAUUCGUUUGUUUCACUGUUCCCCAUGUGUUUCAUCUGUUGGUUUGGCUGGAUAGACUACCAGACAAACUGUGGAGUUACUGGGUGGCCAUUUCGUGUAUCAGAGGCACGUGGUGAGAACAAUGGAUGAAGCACAUGGUGAGAACAAUGGAUGGUGGCCAUUUUAACUCACAGACACUAUUUUGACUUUUCUACACGGUGCCAUCUCGCCGGUAUUUGGUGCACAAAGACAUUGUUCAGUAGUUUUAAACUACAGAACAGGGGACACAUUUACAGUAAUAAUUUUUCAUAUAGCCUGUAUAUGUUCUGCGGAAUCUGCAUUAAACCAUAUCUUCCAAACUACUGAAUGGAUCUGGGUGAAUUAUGGGUUAUUGCAUGUUUUGGGGUCCAUGUGAUAUGUUUUAUAAUACUGUAUUUUCCUGCCUGUGAUUAAGUUAGUCUAUUGUGUUGAGAUAAUUGUAUCACAGGCAGAGGGGAGGAUGUCUGAUGUAAUGAAUGGGAGUGUUAGCUGUGUUGUAAUGUGUUGAUUGGUUGUUCUUCAAAACUCUGUGGGCAGUACUAUGUUUGUAGAAUGUGAAUAAAAGAGGCUGUAUGUGCCAGUACAGUCAGUUCUACUUCAUCCUCAAUUUGGAGUGCCGUCUCUUAUUGGGGGAAUCUGCUACAAGGGAUUGCUAUGCUUGUCAUACUCCCUUUCUAAAUCACUACUAAGCUCUUGUAAGAGCUUGUUCCUGCCUUGCUCUCUGGAGGAGUCUACGGUGGUUAUGGUGUCUGCUGCAGUGCUUGGAGUCCUCAGGAAGCGCUAGGAGCAUCCUUCAACUGAGGUACUCAGUCGGGGUGCCAGGUGAUCCGUUACAAUGUGUUAAUAGCUAUUGCCUUUACAAAGGAAAUUGCGGCUCCCAGGCCCAACUCUUUUGAUUUAUCCCAGGAACCAUGCAACCAGCCAACAGGUCCAAAGACUCUGUUAUUGGGAUCCCUGAACAUCCACACAGGACAUAGAGUUCCAGUUGGAACGGACAGGACGUAGAGUUCCAAUUUGAACGGACAGAACUUGGGACUAGCCCAUAUAUUCAUUACAUCAACCUUGCUGUGACAAACUCAAUAAAAUACAAUUAACCAAAUCAUAUCAGAAAACAUACAGGAAUUUAUAAUAACAUGACAUAUUUAUAAAUGGCUGGGGAAUACAAUAACCAACACAAAAUAUCUCUCCUGUCUGCAGAAUUCACAAUAUGCAAAUUAGCAAGCCUUUCUAUUCAGAUAGUGCAUACAGCUGUUGCUAGAUCCUUGCAACCAACAGGUGGUGUGUACAGGCUCCACAGCCAAAUCCACCUAGUUGAUUGCAAGCAUUAGCAAGACAGGAGAGAACACGAACAUUUAACCCAAAGUAACCACAUUACACCCACAAUGGACACAGGGUGACUUAAACAUCAUCCAAAGGAAUCAUCCAGAGACCUUAUUGAAUUGUCCAUUUUAAGCUCUUGUUGAUGGUGACUACUGUCAAAGGCAUGAUUAUGUUGUCUCUGAUCUUGAAAUCCAUAUGAUUUUAGAUGUUCAACAAUCCUAUCCUUUAUUAUGGUUUCCAUUACAUUCUCCACUACUGAAGUAAGGCUUACUGGCCUGUAGUUCCCUGACUCCUCCCUUCUACCUUUCUUGUGAAUUGGCACAAUAUUCGCUAAGUUCCAAUCUUCUGGGACUACUCCCAUUAACAGUGAUUGGUUAAAUAAAUCAGUCAACGGUAUUGCUAGUACACCACUAAGUUCUGUUAAUAACUUUAGGUAUAUCCCAUCUGGCCCCAUCGAUUUAUUUGUCUUUAUUUUAGACAGUCUGCACCAAUAUGCUCAAAAUCAUAUAAAUAAGCCAUAUAAGUUUUGGGAUUCUGUUCCGUGGAAUAAUGCAACAAAACGGUAACUUUUUGGCUCAAUGGAUCAGCGAUAUGUCUGGAGGAAGAAAAAUGAAGCAACAAUGAAGCUGAAAAGAACACUCUGCCUAUAGUUAAGCAUGGUGGUGGCUUGGUAAUGCUCUGGGUCUGCUUUGCAUCCUCUGGCACUGGAAACCUGCAGCAUGUGGAACACAGGAUGGAUUCUCUGAAGUAUUAGGAAAUCCUAGAAGAAAACAACCAUCCAACAAAACAAUGAUCAUAAGCAUACCUCAAAUUCCACCAUGGCUUGGUUGCAGAAUUAGUUUUGGAAAUUUCUACAGUGGUGAUCAGUCACCUGACGUGAACCCCAUAGAAAAUCUCUGGUGGGCGGUUGCAGCACGCAAACCCAAGGGUAUAACUGAACUGGAGGACAUUGUUCUUGAGCAAUCUAUUAAGAUUCCUCAGGAACACCGCCAGAAGUUUCUCGAUUGCAGCAGGUCAUAAGGAUGCUCUACUAAGUACUAAAGAUGCUUGCUGUAAAGGGGUUGAAUAAUUUUGAGACUGGAUAAGUGAUUAUAAGUUGCAUUUUCUAUUGAAUUUGGGGAACCCACUUGAAGUAAUCGUUGUGUUGAGCUAUUUCAGUUGCUUUUGUUUGAUUUGUUAAUUGCAGCUGAAAGUCUGUACAUUUUGACAAUAAACCUGAUUUUCAGUAGAGGUUUAAUAAUUUUGAUUACAACUGUAUUUCAUACAUCAAAAAAAAAAAAUAAAUUUGAAAACAAACAACCCAGAAUUUUAGUUGUUUUUUUAUUUUAUUUAUUUUUGGCUGGAAUCCCUGUAUAAGGUUAAUAUGUCCAAUUUCCUAAUGUUCUACUUUCUAUGUUACAAUUUUACAAAGGGGAUAACCGUAAAUAAAAGGCAGUAAGGUGUUUUAUAUCUACUUACCUUUUACAACCAUGUUUGUUUCAAAACCUGCUCUGCUAUAAAAACUUGUUCUUUGGGGGGCUGGGCCUGACUGCAAUGGCGACUGGUUGUGUUUUCUGAGCGCUCUUCAAGACCUUAAUGAAUUAGUCCAGUCGCCAGUACUUUUAUUUGCACAUCUUGAGCAUAGUAAGCUUGCUUGGCACCCUGCAUUGACUGACUGUUUUGAAACUGCCUCCGGUGAUGGUCUGCGGUUGCCCAGGUGGCAAUCUACACAAGGUAUAGUGGGCGUUGUGACUGGGAGAGGCGGCCGAUAUCCCGGCCCAGCACACGUGGGCCCACAAUAUCAUGAAGUUAGAGCCCCGCUGCCCCCCACAAUGGACUGGUGGGGGUGAUUCCGGUCCCCACCGUAAGGGCUCACAGAGUGCGGAUAGAGCUGCCGCGCAUUCCGCAACACUUAAGCAAGAAGAACUCAAUAUAGCGGAGGUUGCAUGUUCCCGACCUCAACAGGAGGUAGUGGCGCGGUGUAUCCACAAAUACCUCCAGCCAGCCCCAGCAGCCAAACUACCAUGCUUACCUGCUCAGCGACCCCGGUGUUCCAGGAUCCAUCACAUGGUUGCGGUUACAGAGGUAGCCCGCCUCAAGAGGCCCAGGCCGUGAAAUCAGUGCUGGGGAAACACUUGGAGGGCUUCAAGCUCAUUGAGAACAUCUACUGACAGCACAGGGACUGACAUACCACUCAGGUGAUACCUUGCAUCUGUCGCUGACUCCUGGUCCACUGACUGGUGCCAUGGUGAGUGGCUGCUACUUGCAUAAUAGGCAUCGGCUUAAAGAUGCAUAGGGGACACUGCUGGCUAUUGUGGCAUUGUAAGCCUGUUGUACCAUCUAAGUACAACCAAAAUAAAGAAUAAAAAAAAAAAAUUGUGCUUUCUGUCAGGAAUAGUAAGGACUUGAGCAGAAAGAACCCUAUGAAGUAUUUAAGCUGGCAGUGCUUCUCUUUAGUAUUAUAUAUUGGGGGAGAAAAGUCCUUAAGAUCCUAAUUUCUGUGUGAUACAGAAAAUACAACCUUUACUGUAUACCUAUAUCCUGGAAGACACUUUUUUUCACUAAACCCCAAAAAAGAAAACUAAAGGUGCGCAGCAAAGAUUUCUGCAAUGCUGUGGUUUUUCUCUAUGGUGCAUUCAAUAGAGUACAACAGGACAAAAACUUAUUAAACAGGUUAUGUCUACUAAACUGCAUCAGCCAAAACAAGCCAAGGACACGUUAAUUAACAUUGCUUUUAAUUAAUGCAAAUGUGAAGUGCUUUUGAAUUUAACACAAUUCAAUUUUUAUUUAAAAAGUGACUAAAUGCUUUAUGUACAGUAAGUGAAAAAAAUAUUUGAUCCCCUGCUGAUUUUGGACGUUUGUUCACUGACAAAGAAAUGAUCAGUCUAUAAUUUUAAUGGUAGGUGUAUUUUAAAGGGACACUAUAGUCACCUGAACAACUUUAGCUUAAUGAAGCAGUUUUGGUGUAUAGAACAAGCCCCUGCAGCCUCACUGCUCAAUCCUCUGCCAUUUAGGAGUAAAAUCCCUUUGUUUAUGAACCCUAGUCACACCUCCCUGCAUGUGACUUGCACAGCCUUCCAUAAACACUUCCUGUAAAGAGAGCCCUAUUUAGGCUUUCUUUAUUGCAAGUUCUGUUUAAUUAAGAUGUUCUUAUCCCCUGCUAUGUUAAUAGCUUGCUAGACCCUGCAAGAGCCUCCUGUAUGUGAUUAAAGUUUAAUUUAGAGAUUGAGAUACAAUUAUUUAAGGUAAAUUACAUCUGUUUGAAAGUGAAACCAAUUUUUUUUUCAUGCAGGCGCUGUCAAUCAUAGCCAGGGGAGGUGUGGCUAGGGCUGCAUUAACAGAAACAAAGUGAUUUAACUUCUAAAUGACAGUGAAUUGAGUAGUGAAAUUGCAGAGGAAUGAUCUAUACACUAAAACUGCUUUAUUUAACUAAAGUAAUUUAGGUGACUAUAGUGUUCCUUUAAUUGUCUUGCAAACAGUCAAGUUACAAGUGAUCUAAAUAGGGAAUAAAAAGAGGAGCGCAUAAGCUCCAUUCUGAUGGAGCCUUUAGUAGCCUUUAGACAGGAGAGAGAUGUUUAAAUAGUCUGUACAUUUCAACAACAAUAACUUUAUAACUGAACCAAAUAAAAAAAUAAAAAAAAUAUAACCCAAAACAUAUAGAUGGGAAUUGCUGAACAUUUUUAUUAUGCAAAUAAAAAUAAUAAAAAAUGACAGGUGGGGUGUAUAUAAUAUGAAUAGUAAAAAUUCCUAAAUUAUAUAUUAGUACAUUACAGAAUUCUUGCAAUAACUUUUCACUAAAAUAAUGAAUUAAAGGGAUCCUAUAGUGCACUAUAGGGUUAAUAGGUCCGCCCCCGUCCCACUGGGCAGAAGGGGUCAGCCACUUACCUUAUUCAAACCCGCCCAUAGGAAAGCAUUACUCAAUGCUUUCCUAUGGUGAUCUUAUUUGACGCUGGACUCCAUGAGGACGUUCAGAGUUCUUUCAGUGCGAUUUACUCACUGAAAAUUGCAGAAGCGGCCUCUAGUGGCUGUCAGGGAGACAGCCACUAGAGGUUGGAUUAACCCUGCAGUGUAAACAUGCCAGGGGGACCUGGCACUCAGACCACUUCAUUGAGCUGAACUGGUCUGGGUGCCUACAGUGGUCCAUUUAAAAAAAAAAAAAAAAAAAGAGGGGGGGGAGUGAAUAGACAUUACUGUCUCCCUAAUACAUUUUUUGAAGAAUGACAUGUCUUGUGCACUUUGCAUAGGAAAGUUUGUCUCCGUCGUGUUUUAAUUUUUUUUUAUUUUUUAUUCCCAAAUUAAUUAUCAUUUUAUCACGUAUCUCUUUUGAAGUACUUGGAUUAAUCCGUCAAAUCUGAUUUUGAGCUCUUAUUCACCUCUUAUAUCUCAGAGGACAUCUGUAAGUGCGUUGACAAGUUCUGUAUUAAUCAGGAGUAAGUGUUGAAAUAUUUAUGGUCCUUUAUGGAACUGCUGUUACCCAGGGGGAUUUUUACAAAUCGCUCAGAACUAUUAUGAGACCCAGUCUGUGGCUGUAUAUAUUAAAAGAUUUCUCGGCAUGCACUUAGCACAUUUUCAAUAUUCAUUUUUGUUAAUUGCACAAUCUGUAAAAGGAAAUAGAUUUGGACUAUUAAAAAAUGCAGUGUAUAUUAGGGUACUGUACAAUCUUUCAAUAAGACAAGUCUAUAUUUUUCUUAAUCUUUUUUUGUUUUUGUAUAUAGUGUUUGAUCACUGUUUAGAAACGUUCCCAAUGUACAUAUCUAGAUGGGACAGUCCUUCAUUGGGACCUAAAUCCCAGUGUCCCUCUUGUCUAGCUUAAGGUUUCUUUUUUUUUUUAGAAGUACAGAAUAUAUGAUGCAUAUUAGUUUAUUUUUAGCAACAGAACAUCAACAGAUCCAUCUUUCCACCACUCUUUAGACCAGAAAACUGGACUGUUUACCUUUUUUAUUUUUAAAUUAUAAUUUUUUUUUUUUAUUUUUUUUUUCCAGCACUCUAAAUUUGGCAUCCUUUCUGAAAUGGCAGAUUUAGGCACAGAAAAGCUUUAUAGGCUGUUAUUAGAACAAUUUAAUAAAUAUACAAACCGAUUAGAGACCAUAAAGAAGACACUUGUCAUAACACUACCCUCCAUCGUUUGUGAACUAUGGGCCAAUAAUUGGCUUAUUAGUUGAGGUUCCUAUGAACUACCGUUUUUUUCCCCCCCUGGCCAGAACUUGAACAUUUCAAUAUAAAGAGUGCAGGUCUGUUCUAUGAAAUGUACUAACUUUUCCGACUGUUGGAGUUGCACACUUUUGUAAGUGAGCAUUAGUUCAGAUGCUAUGUUGCCCUAGGGUUAAAGCCAGGGUGUUUGUAUAAUGGUAUUUCUCACUAAAGUAACAGAAAUUUGUCCCUGUACAUAACUGCAGACAAACAUGUUGAUAUCCACUAAUACCCCUCUUUGCUGUUUUGCAGCUUCUUGAAGAAAAUGAAUGUCUCAAACAAGAGUUGGCCAAAACAAAAAUGGCUCUUGCAGAGUCGCACAUGGAAAGGGACAGACUUCAGCAUCAGUUAAAGAAUAUAUCAUGUGGAAAGUAGUAUACAGUAACCAUCGAUGAUGCACUGAACUUAAAAUGCCAGAAUAUAUUUUCUGGCAAUUUAUUUUAAGGAGACGUCCUUCAAUUCUGUUGAUUCGGUAUCAUGCGUUUGUGAUUCAAAAUAAGUCAUCAAGAGCCCAUCUAUUAUUUUACAGAGGAGAAAUCACCAUUUUAAUCAGGACAAAUACAUGUAGCCAUUUUUUUUUUUUUUUUAAAUAAAGGCUAUCAAUUGUUUAAUUUCAAUUAUUGAUACUUCAGUGUGUGCUCCUCCAGCACUGAAUAGGUUAAGCCUAAAAGAUUGGAAAACAUUUUUUACAAAAAAAGUGUUAAAAAAAUAAAAUAAAUAAUAAAUUUAGGGGAAUUGUUUAUUUAAGAAACGUGUAUCAUCAAAUAUUAAUUUUCUUUAGAAGAAUCUGUUUUACUAUUGUUUUCAGGAUUAUUUUUACAUUUUUAUUUGCACUAUCAAUAAAUAAU